CAAAGGCUCAUAGUUGGACCAUGAGGAAGAGAGGGUUGCCUUUAAAUCCGGGGAAGGCCAUGCCCAGGGCCAGCAGCGCCCCUUCCUUUCCUUUCCUUUCCCGCCUCCUUCUCCCAUCCCCUUCCCUCUCCCCUUGCCUUUCCCCUUCCCCCGCCUUGUAACCCUCAUUGUUUUCGCUUGAGCAGCCUUGAUAUAAACACCCAGGGAGAGAGAGAGAGAAAAAAAAGAAGCCGUGGAAGAAGUGAGAAGUCACGGGUAACAGAAUGAGUGACCCUAUCCUAAAUGAGCUGGACAAGCUGCUCCUAGAGUUUGUUUUUCAGCUUGAGCAAGCAUCUAAUGCCAAGGAACACGAGAAACAACAGAUAAAAAUAUAUUCAGCAAGUAUUCUUGAGAAGAAAGGUGAAAUUUGUCAGUUACAAGAAGACAUUCACAAAAAUGAUGAGUUGAUUAUUAAUCUGCGCAAACAACAUGGUGGCAAUAAGGAGAACUGUGAAACCUGGAAACCAGCAUAUACGAUUCUGAAAAAACAUGAAGAAUACUUGGAGAAAGAACUUCAGAAUUAUCAAGAAACAACAGAAAAAGACAAGAAAAUGUACCAAGAUUAUAUGCAUCAGUAUCAAGAAACUUUCCAGCAGCACCAAGCAAAAUAUGCACAAACUGCAAUUGCUCAGGAAUAUUAUCAAGAAAAAAAGGAAUGCGAAGAAAUCCAAAGCCGAGUUUUCAAACAGUCUGAAUUAUUUAAACAGAAGGAAGAUCAGAUAAAUGAUCUUAAAGAUCCUGGUCAGUUUCAGUCACUUUCAUCCUGGGCUUUACAGAUCGCUUCUUUGAGCCAGAACACAAAAGAAACUCUAAAACAUGCAUUGGAUCUCAGGCAACAAUCACAUCAACUAUGCAAAACAUCAGAAGAGUUAGAAAAGAAAAUGAAUUAUACUAAACAGCAACUGGCAAAGAUUACAGAGGUUCAAAAGAAUCCUGAAAGUCAAAAGCAUCCUGAAGUGACAACAGAAAAAAAUCUAGAAGCAAGAAGGGCUCCUAAUGAAAGCUUAUUCAUAAAAACUCAUAACCUGUUAAAUAUGAAACAGCAGACAAACACAUCAUCGAAUCGCCCUGUAAUUUCUCUGAAAUUAAUCCAAAAUGUACCAACUCUCAGGUCAUUGUUUCCACAGAGAGAAAAAGAGACAGGUGUGAAAGAAAACAGAAAUCUUGCAGAAAAUUCAAAAGUGACCAGUAUGUACUUCAACCAUGAGGAAAAUGAAAAACAGAAAUGUAAUGACAUAGCAGAAACCAACAUUGCAAAAAAUACCCAAGUUUCAUCUAUAACAAGGCUUCAAAAUCAGACACCAUUCAGGUUGCUAACUUAUCAGAAGAAACUGAGCAGCAGGCAGUGUUCUGAAAGUGAGACUGCAGAAAUAGAAAAGAAGUCUGACUGGACAGGAAGGGAAGGAGGAAACGAGUCGAAAGAUUCUACAAAUGUUCCCGAAGAUGAGGAGGAAAAUGAUAGCAUUAUUUCAAAUGGACAUCCAUCUACAGAAAGAGAAGAAAGUGCUGAACAUUUCCCAAAGACUCCUGAGCCAAACAGACAUUCAAGUACUGUUAAUACUCCUGGGGUUGAAGCUCCAUUUGACUUACUUCAGUUAGAAAGUGAAGGAUCAACAUCUAAGUCACCUGCUUUUUCUUUUUUUACUGGUUUUAAUUCAAAAUCACCUGGAUUAAAUUUCUUUGAAUCUUCUGCAUUUGGAACGGAAAAUUCACUAGACCAUCAGCCAGGUGAAAGCUGUUCUGCUGGAAAUAUUAAUCCAACUUCACCAGAAAAAAAUAUUGGAGAUUUGUUUGGGAAAAUGGACAGUGAAGAUUCAUUUGCAUUUCCCUUUCAAUCCUGCUCUUCUGCUCAAGCUUUUCAAGAUGGAAAAGAUGACUUCAGUUUCCCUUUUGUGUUUGAAUCAUCUGAGCCCACAUCUCUAAAAGGCUUUCAAUCUUCAUCACAAAGCAAAAAGCCAUUUUCAUUUUUUUGAAUAGAUGCCUUUACUGGAUUUAGGGCAGCUUAGCUUUAUAAAAUGUGCUUGGCUUUCUACAUAAAUUAAAAGGAACAACCAAAGGUAAAGAAUGGAUUAAAUUCCCA